ACAAAAAGAGUUCCCGAACUACCUUUCGAUUCUCUCUCUCUCUCACCUCCCGUCGAUUUGGUUGCCGGAAUCCCCCGGAAAAGUUUCUGAUUUUCAAAAAAAAAUUCUCAACGCGUCAAUUUUCGUUCAUGUGUUGAUUUUUCUUGGUCUUUGGGUUUGAAAUUUCUAUUUUUGAUUCGGCGGUCUAGAUGGUUUGUGAUCUUCCCUACUCGGGAAUUUUCUCCGCCCUCGAGGCUUGAAAUCAUUCUUCCGGUUUCUGGGUCUCCGAUUCUAGGGUUCUUCUGGGUAUUUUCUCCUGCAGUCUGGGCAUUCAUAGAUCUCAAAAAGCAAGAUGAGUGUUGCGAAAUCUCAGGUUUGGCAACCAUGCAAGAAGAAGAGGUCGUGACAUCUGGAAAGAGGUCGAUCGCUACUGUAAUCUGAAACGAGAAGAAGAACAGCGGAUCUACAGACAGAACGAAGAGAUGUCUUCUCGGUCGGGAUCUGCGGGCAAUUCUGGAAAUCUGGGCAGGACAAGAGUCGGCAAGUACGAGCUCGGAAGAACACUCGGCGAAGGGACCUUCGCGAAGGUUAAGUUCGCGAGAAAUGUAGAAACCGGAGAGAAUGUCGCCAUCAAGAUCAUUGACAAAGAGAAAGUUAUGAAGCACAAGAUGAUCGCUCAGAUUAAACGUGAAAUUUCGACAAUGAAACUGGUCAAGCACCCGAACGUGAACCGUAUGUAUGAGGUUAUGGCCAGCAAAACCAAAAUAUACUUUGUUCUAGAAUUCGUGACCGGUGGUGAGCUUUUCGACAAAAUCUCGAGUAAAGGGAGAUUGAAGGAAGACGAGGCGAGAAAAUACUUUCAGCAGCUCAUUAACGCUGUCGAUUAUUGCCAUAGCAGAGGAGUUUAUCAUAGAGACCUUAAGCCGGAAAAUCUGCUUCUUGAUGCGAAUGGAGUUCUGAAAGUAUCUGAUUUCGGGUUGAGUGCCCUUCCUCAGCAAGUCCGAGAGGAUGGGUUACUUCACACAACGUGUGGAACUCCAAACUAUGUUGCUCCCGAGGUUAUCAACAACAAAGGUUAUGACGGAGCCAAGGCUGAUUUGUGGUCGUGUGGCGUGAUUCUUUUCGUCCUAAUGGCCGGUUAUUUGCCUUUCGAAGAUUCUAAUCUCGUCUCGCUGUAUAAAAAGAUAUUUAAGGCGGACUUUACUUGUCCGCCCUGGUUUUCUACAAGUGCCAAGAAGUUGAUCAAAAGGAUCCUGGAUCCGAAUCCAUCGACGAGGAUCAUGAUUGCUGAAGUCGUUGAAAACGACUGGUUCAAGAAAGGAUACAAAGCACCCACAUUUGAAAAUGCCGACGUCAGCCUCGACGAUAUCCACGCAAUUUUUGACGAAUCCGAGGAUACGAGGAAUCUUGUUGUGGAGAGGCGAGAAAUAAUAGGACCAGCGGCACCAGUAACUAUGAAUGCCUUUGAGCUGAUAUCGACUUCCCAAGGUCUUAAUCUCGGUACCCUUUUCGAGAAACAGAUGGGGCUUGUUAAUCGGAAAACCAGAUUCACAUCAAAAUGCAACGCUAACGAGAUAAUCUCGAAAAUCGAGGCGGCGGCUGCACCUUUGGGAUUUGAUGUUAAGAAAAAUAACUAUAAGAUGAAGCUGCUAGGAGAGAAAGAAGGGCGAAAGGGUCAUUUAGCAGUGGCCACCGAGGUAUUUCAAGUGGCGCCGUCGCUUUAUAUGGUGGAAGUGCGAAAAUCCGGGGGUGACACCUUGGAAUUUCACAAGUUUUACAAGACGCUUACGGCGGGGCUGAAGGACAUUGUGUGGAAAACAAUAGACGAGGAAAAAGAGGAAGAAGGCAGCAGCAACGGCAACGGUGGCGCCGCCGCCGUUGUAUCUUCUUAGUGAUGCAGAAGAUUUGGUCUGAUUGAUUGCAAAAUUAUACAUGAAUCAGUUUUCAAAUGUUACUUUAUUUUUUUACUUUUUACUGUUGUGGUGCUGUGAAUAGUAAAGUAUGCAACAGAGGUAAGAAAUGUGGGCUUGGGAAUUGAGUGUGUGGUCGGAGGAACGAUCUCCAUUGGCCUUAUCACAAGACACUCUCUCCUUGUGUGUGAAUAGUAAAAGGUUGGUAUAAUCCAAAUUAAUAUUUUUUUUUGGGCAAUGGUUAAAUCGAUUUUUUUUUA